AAAUAUGUUUUAUGUAAAGUAAGGAAAAAAAUUUCGAAUCUUGUUUAUUCCUUAUUAAAUGAAGAUGGUUCUGAUGCUGGUGAGUGGCAUGUCAAAGAUCUGAAACCAUGUUUCAUUUCGGAUUCUGACGUAUCAGAUGGUGAUAAUUAGUGGGUAUUCUCUAUUAACCACCUUAAGCAAUUAUCUAAGAUGGUUAUUUUUUUGAUGUUUUUUAUGUUAGUUACCGAUUCAGGUUGAUAAAAGAAAAUAAAUUUUCUUUUAUUUUUUUAAGGAGAGGGAUGAUGUAACAUUCAAAUGUAAUGUUCCUUUAAUUUCGAUGCGCCAGCGCCAGUCGCGCGCAAUCUCUAAAAAUCAUGUGUUAAGAAAAUUCUGCAUAGAAAAGGCCAGAAGGGAUUUGAUCUUGAGAAACUCAUGUGCUUCCUUUGUGAUUCAGAUUUGUACCUUUUUAAUUUUAUCUAUAUCUCAUUUCGCAAUUACUAUCUACAUCCUGGAAUUGAGGGUGUUAAUAUUCGUUCUUCAGUUAAUACUUGAGAGUAUACCUAUAGUGUAUCUGCUUCAUUUGUAUUCACCGAUUUGGAUGUUCCGAACUGUACAAAUACUGUAUCAGGAAUUCAAGAAUUUUAUUAGCUUUCCUCCUACAAGGGGGACUGAGGGAGCUCUCAUAAAGACUUUCCUCUCAAGAUUUCAAAUUGAAGAGCAUUUUGAAAGGAGAUUUGUGUGCUGUUCUUUUCCAUUUCUCAAGGCAGGAUCCACCGCCUAUCAAAAGGUGCUUGGAAUUCAAAAUCGAUCAGGAAAAAGGUCAGAUCUGUCCAUUUUGAGCAAUUUGUAGAAUUACUUUGUAAAUAAUUAGGAAUAAGUAUUUUAGGAUUAGAUUCAACAAGGUACCUUGGGAUUUUUGGGAAUUUUGGAUCAAUAGAUUGUUAUUGAAGUUUCAUAUUUUCUUUAUCAUUUAAUUUUCCUCACAUAUGAUAUAUUCCCAUUUUUCUAUAAUACACUUUCCAGAUUUUGUGUAAUUUUCAACAUCAUUGCAUUUAAUUGUGAAAUAGAAAUCUGGUGGCGCCCAAUAAAUUAAUUUUAAUUUCAGUUAAAACUAAACACCCUCCUUAUCCGCGACCCAGCCCUCUAAAGACUACAACAGCUGCCAAUUGCAUUAUUUUGCCCAGUUCAGUUAUAUAAAUUUCUUAAUAACAAAAA